AUGUCGACUCUUCUACGAACGCUCCGCAAUUUGCGUAGCAUUGGUCUCAAGGAAUAUGGCCACCAACUUCAUGUACCAGGUGAUACCAAACGCGGAGCCUUAGUCGGCAUUGACCGCUAUGGCAACAAGUACUUUGAAAAUCUGGAAGAGGAGCUUCCGCUUCGAACACGCUGGGUGGAUUACAAGGACAAGGAGUUUGAUGCCUCACAGAUAGAGCCAGGCUGGCACGCAUGGAUGUCGUACAUGGUGGACAAGUCGCCGGCAGAGGACAAAUUGUUGCAGCGCUCCAUACGGCCAUGGGAACCGACAAAGCAUGUGCCCAUGCAGACUGCAUCACGAAGUGCUUUCAAGACUUUCAACACAACCAAGAACAAGUACUCGGCGUGGACACCGGUGGCGGCACCACGGUGAGAGAUGCCGAAACGAUUGCGCUAGGAUAGAUGUUGUACUCGACCAUGCGCGGUGAUCCCCCGCUACAGGCAAUGUGCGGUGUGCCCAAGAAGCUGCGCGGUGUGGCUUUGAGGUGCGGCACUUUAUCUCACAGUAUCCAUGACUCAUUUUUGCUCACAAUGAGCAUUG